UCAACUAACGUUCUAACUUCUAACAAUUUUAGGUUCAUAAUAAAACUAUUGAAUUGAAAAGUCACAAAAGACAUAUUGCUACAGGGCCAAUCCUGUAAAUUUUUACUUUUUAAAGCUGGAGUCGCCUGAUGCUGAGUAUUAUUUCAUAUACAGAGCAAAAAGAACUACAAUGGCAACCGGCACUCUUAGCCAGUAUAUUCAGACGGUGGAGAGAAUGUUUAGACUCGGCGAAGGCAACGAGCUCGCGCGUCUUCUGUCCCUUAGGGAUGCGCAUGUUGUUAAUAGGAACCUUCGAUCCAGUGAUAUUGCUACCAUGGUUGAAGGCAACUGUGUAGCACCUCUUGAUGAGCUUAUUAUCUGCCAUUUACUAUGCGUCAAGGCCAUCUGUGAAAAGGAAUUCUUGGAAGCUUACAGUCAUCAAAGUCAAUGUGUUGUAACUAUUGUAAAAAUUCUGCAAAAUCAAAAGGAACAAAACUGGUGUCUUCCUUUAAUGUACACUGUGUGUUUGGAUUUAAGACUGGUCGCUCAAAAAGCUGAGACAGCCCAAAGUAAUGGUAAGAUUUUGGAAAAAGCUGCCGAGAGCUUGCUAUCCUGUUUCAGAGUAUGUGCAGCUGACAACAGAACAUCAGAUGAUGAUACAAAACGACUCGGCAUGUUGUAUCUUGUCAAUCAACUUUUAAAAGUUUAUUUCCGCAUUAAUAAACUACAUUUGUGUAAACCACUCAUAAGAGCAAUUGACUCUUCACCUCUUUGGUACCAGUUUCCAUUGGCACAGCAAAUUACAUACAGAUACUUUGUAGGACGCAAAGCGAUGUUUGAUUCUGAUUACAGAAUGGCAGAUGAAUAUUUAUCUUUUGCUUUCCAAUUAUGUCAUCGAAAAAGUCAUAAGAAUAAAAGACUUAUAUUAACAUACCUAAUACCAGUUAAAAUGUUACUAGGCUAUAUGCCAACUAGGGCUCUACUUCAGAAGUAUGAUCUCCUACAGUUCUGGGAUUUGACAUCUGUUGUAAAGAAUGGUGACUUGAGAGGCAUAGAUAGAAUAAUGGAGAUGCAUGAAAAUUUUUUCAUCAGUGCUGGUAUUUAUUUGAUUGUUGAGAAAUUGAAAAUAAUUGCAUACAGGAAUCUCUUCAGAAAAGUAUUUUUAGCUGAAAAUACACAUCAGAUUGAAAUAGCCAGUUUCCAAGCGGCAUUACAAAUAAGUGGGCAAGAGGAUGUGGACUCCGACGAAACACUAUGCAUUGUCGCCAAUUUGAUCUUUCUAGGUAUGAUCAAAGGUUAUAUGUCAUAUCAACACAAAAAAGUCGUUGUUAGCAAGCAAAAUGCAUUCCCGCCUUUACCGACUUUGUAAUUAUUUGUGUCCAAUAAAUGUUAAAUUUAUUUUUUAAAUAUUUA